AUGUGGAGAUAUUUAGCAUUGAUAGCAAUCAUGCUUGCUGUCGUAUCAGCAUACAAUGUUCGUCUUUCUACUGCCGAUGACUAUACAACUAGAUUCAAGACUUGGAUGGUCGAACACAACAAGAUGUACCAUGAGGAGGAGGAAUUCUAUCUUCGUCUCUCCAACUUUAUCAGAAACAUCCAUUCCAUUGAAAAGAUGAACAGACAGUAUGGAAGAACCGCCACCUUUGGUCUCAACAAAUUCUCUGAUCUCUCGCUCGAUGAAUUCAAGAAGCACUACUUGAUGCCCAACUACAAGCCAAAGGCACGUGUCACCAAGGAGACCUUCAACUAUCCAUCCAACAUCCCAGCCACUCUCGACUGGAGAACCAAGGGUUACGUCACCCCCGUCAAGAACCAAUUGAUGUGUGGAUCAUGUUGGGCAUUCUCUGCAACCGAGCAAAUUGAAACUGCCAACAUUAUGGCUGGUGGUCAAGUCGAGUAUCUCUCUGAACAACAAAUCGUCGAUUGUGAUCCAUACGAUGGAGGUUGUGGUGGAGGUGAUCCAUAUACCGCCUACCAGUAUGUCCAAAACAACGGUGGUCUCACCCUCAACGUCACCUAUCCAUACACUGCUGCCAACGGUGCCUGUUAUGCCAACUCUACCGCUCCUGCCGUCCAAGUCACCGCUUUUGGUUAUGCUUCCAGCCAAGGAAAUGAAACCCAACUCAGAGAGGCCAUGGCUGCUCGCGGCCCACUCUCUAUCUGCGUCAAUGCCGAGCCAUGGAUGAGUUACCAAUCCGGUAUCUUUAGUUCCACCUGUUCCGAUGACCUCGACCAUUGUGUCCAAAUCGUUGGAUAUGAUACCGAUGCCACUUCCAAGACCCCUUACUUUAUUGUACGUAACUCUUGGGGAACUGACUGGGGCCUGCUUGGUUAUAUCUAUAUUCAAGCUGGUUCCAAUCUCUGUGGUAUCACCAAUGAAGUUACCUAUGUAUCCGUUCAUCCAGAUAGCAGCAACACUGUCAACUACCAUAAAAUGCACUAA